GGUAAAUAGAAGGGAGGAGAUUAGGACGACAAUAAUUAUACCGCAGGAAUAACGAUUUAUAAUUACCCCCAUGAACCAGCAUCAACAUUGCACCGAUAACGAUAAUGGAGACCGAACUCUCAUGGCUUCUUCUUCUUCUUCUUCCUCUCUCUAUCGGCUGCAUCAAGCUUCUCGCAGCCGCUGCAACUGCUCUCAACUGGGUUUGGGUCAAUUUCUUCCGACCCGCCAAAGAUCUCACGAAAUACGGGUCGUGGGCUCUCGUCACCGGCCCCACCGAGGGCAUCGGGAAGGCUUUCGCCUUCCGGCUGGCCGAGAAGGGCCUCAAUUUGGUUCUGGUCGGCCGGAACCCUGAGAAGCUGAGAGGGGUUUCCGACUGGAUCCGGGCCGAGUUCGGGCGGACCCAGAUUCAGACGGUGGUGGUUGACUUCGCCGGCGAUCUGGACGACGGGGUUCGCCGGAUCCGGGCGGCGAUUGAGGGGCUGGACGUCGGGGUGUUGAUUAACAACGUCGGCGUUUGUUAUCCCUACCCGAGGUUCUUCCACGAGGUUGAUGAGAAGCUGCUGGCGGAGCUGAUCCGGGUGAACGUGGAGGGGACGACAAAGGUGACGCACGCGGUGUUGCCCGGAAUGCUGCGGCGGAAGACCGGCGCCGUCGUCAACAUCGGCUCCGGCAUCGCCCUCAUUUACCCUUCUGCUCCCCUUCAUGCUGUUUACGCGGCCACCAAAGAGUACAUAAAUCAAUUCACAAAAAGCCUUAACGUGGAGUACAAGGAAUUUGGGAUUGAUGUACAGUGUCAGGUGCCCUUAAACGUGGCGUCGAACAUGACAUGGAUGAGCAAAAAGUCAAUCCUCAAGCCAUCCGCGGAUGUUUAUGCUCGGGCGGGGCUGCGCUGGAUAGGGUACAACGAGACCUGCUGCCCGUACUGGCCCCACCAGCUUGAGCUGGCAUUCAUGCACUGUUGGCCAGACUCUUUCGUGGAUGCUCGGCGCUUCAAGAGCAUGCUUGAGUACCGAAAGAAAGCCCAGCUCAUAAUUAAAAUCCAUAAAAAAAUAAAAAUAAAUAGAGAUGUUGAUCGAUGACACUCCAACUAACACAUCCCAAAACAUUUGAUUGCCUGUGUAUAAUUAUUAGUAACAUUUAAAUGUUGCAUGCCACUCAGUUUUGGUUAUAAAAUGCUUUGAUGAUGUGCCAACUGUUCAAGACCCAUAUUAGAGAAAUCCCCACCUUACACACCACAUUUUUGACCCUAUUGCAUUCAGGCAGAGAACAUUGUUUGGCAUAGGUUAUGUUUAUGAUCGAUGAUUUAAAAUCAGACAAAAAUGAUGAUUUAAAAAAAAAAGAGGUAAAAUUG